UGUAUAAUAUCCACCCAAUCACGAGAAGCAACGUUGUCAUCUUCCUUUUCAUUCUCUGUUUCUUUUCGUUCUCUCUGAAAAUGGAGUCCUGUUAUGAGUUCGCAUCGCUCUCUGAGUUACCGCCGCUUCCACAAGCGUACGCUCCCAUGGAGGAGUAUUAUCCUUACGACAUUGCUCCUCUCGAAUCCUUACCACCGUUUCCUCACUCCGAUUUCGCUCCUCACGGCGGCUUGAUCCCUUUCUCCGACACGCACCAAGACUAUCUCCAGCUCCAGAAACAACAACACUGUGCAGAAUCAAUGUUCACAGACUCGUCUCUGCCGCUCGUCACUCGCGACUACCUCACCGAGUCGACUCGGUUCGAAAACCUCUUCUCCCAUGACGUUCCGUUUCUCCACUUGCCAGAUCUCAAAUUCGUGGAAGGCGCGAGGUCGCCGCCGCCGUGUCUCUCUCUCGCUCCUCCUCCUCCUCUCCCGGUGGCUAGACACAACGUUAACCUGAGACAGCGUCACGUUGGCUCGCGAGUCAACAACACCUUCUCUAUCUCGCCGUCUUCCUCUUCUAAAUCUAAACCUCCGGCGUCUCAGUAUGUUCACGGUACAAGGAAGGUGUCAGACAGAAUCAGAUCCUUGGAGAAAAUCAUGCCGUGGGAGAAGAAGAUGAGUUUGGCUACGACUCUCGAGGAAACGAACAAGUACAUCACCUUCCUCCAGUCUCAGAUCGCUUCUCUCCGUUGGAUGCCUCUGGAUUCCGUCUACCCAACCAAACCCCGAGAAGAGCACGUAGGAGAAACCACCAGUCUGCUCAAUUCUCUGACGAGACAACAGCUUCUCCAGGUGAUUGCCAACUCUCCGGGGUCACGAAACGUGCUCUACAAGCAAGGUGUUUGCGUCUUCUCAUAUGAACAGCUUCUCUCCGUCAAGAUGAUGGCUGAAUCGGCUAGAAACCUCUGAAAAAAGUGAAAACAACUUCCUCUGUUUUUGCUAAGUUUGUUUUUUCUUUUGCUAAAUGAUCAUAGAACGCUUUAAUGGA